UUCCAGUUUGUGAAAAGAAUUUGCCGAAUGCACUUGUGCUCACAUUUUCUUGAAAAAAAAGCCCGAAAAAUUCUGUUUUUGAAUUUUGUAAAAUAAAAAAUUGUCGUGAGUUUAGAUACAAAAUCGUUUAAUAGCUUCUCUUAAAUCAUCGUAAUAUACGCAUCGAUGCGUAUGGAAAAAGUGCUUUAAUUUAUUGUCCAUGAAUUCGAGCUGUUCAAUAUUAAUUCACACUUUUGUGUAUUUUGAUUUCGUUGUUUAAGAAAUAAAAAAUUAUUGUGUCUGGUGUUAGCCCUUUAUGGUACAAUUUAUUUAUAUGAUCGAGUGUUGUGUGCAUCAUUCAAUAAUAAAAACGUUGGAUUAGUUUUUAUUGAAUGAGCAAAAGUGUUAAUUCGAUCGUAAAGUGUUAAAGUGCGGCGAUUGUAGUAAUUGCAAAAUAAUUAGUGUUAACAAUCGCAUCUCAAUUAACGAAUGGAUAUUUUGUCAAGGAAAAGAAAAUAAUUUUUUUUCCACUCAACAGAUUUAAACAACAACCCAUUUGAAUACCAUCAUUUACAAUAAUGUCAGUCGAUUGUGGAUCAACGAUUGCAAAGUAUUUGCUAUGCAUUUUCAACUUUACAUUUUUUAUAUUAGGAACCAUAGUGCUGAGUGUUGGAAUAUGGGUGGCGGCUGAUAAGUCAUCAUUCAUUGCUCUACUUAAAAUGGUAGAAAAUGAAAAUUUGGAGCAAUUUACACAACCGGCCGUUAUCGAACAAAUGGCAUAUGUUUUGAUAGCUUGUGGUGCAUUGAUGUUUUUCCUAAGUUUCUUAGGCUAUUGUGGUGCCAUUAGAGAGAGCCAAUGUAUGCUAACAACGUACGCCAUUUUGAUGAUCCUAAUCAUUGUCGCGCAGAUCGUUCUCGGUGGUCUAGCUGCAGCGUACCGAGACAAGGCUCGCGUUGAAACGAAAGAAUUUCUACAGUCGACCAUUACUCGAUACUACUCGACCUCACAACGAACCGAUGCAGUCAGUUUAAUGUGGAACCAUUUGAUGGUCGAAAUGAAAUGUUGCGGAGUGAAUGACUAUACCGACUUCAGCAAAUCGGACAGCUGGAAUUUAAACCGUGGCAAUAAAACCAUACCGGAGGCUUGUUGUCAUCAAGUGAUCCGGGAUGGAGUGAGCCGGCCAAGAGACGAUACUUGCACAACAUCACCAUCGGAGACGAAUAGUUUUUACAAACAGGGAUGUUACGAGGCUCUUAUAACAUGGAUACUGUCCAAUAGAAAUCUCAUCAUAAUGGUCACAAUUGGCAUCGGAAUCAUUGAACUGUUGCUCAUAUUUUUCACCUGCUGCCUAUGUAAAUCGAUAGACAAAUACCGGGUGAUGCGACUCUAAGAAUUGAUUGAUGUACAUUUGUGUGUAAUAAUGCCACCGAUGGUUUUUGGUGGAUCGAUGGUGUAAUAUUUUCUUUUUUUUCUACUUUCAUAUCGAACGAACAUUUAUUGUUACCGAAUCAUUUAAUGUCUCACCUUUUUUUGUUUUGUUUAACGUACUGAACGACAAACGUACCUGUUUCAUUAACAACAAAAAUAAGAAGCAGUCUUGAAUUUCAUUUCAUUUUUCUUUUGCUUAGGGUGAAAAGAAACACAAUUUAUUGAAAGAAAGAUCUGAAUGUUUAUCGACGUUAUGAAUAAAAACUAGUUGUUUAAAUCA